AUGGUUGCUCGAGUUGCAUGGCUAGGCCUUGGAAACAUGGGGCGGGGCAUGGCAAAAAACCUCGCCGCCAAGGCAGAACUUGACGGGCCAUUGAUUGUCUAUAAUCGCACUGUCACUCGCACAAACAAGUUUCAAGCAGAAAAUUCCAAUACCGUCGUCGCAGAAUCCGUGCUCGAGGCUGUGUCCAGCGCUGAUAUCGUAUUCACUUGUCUCAGUGAUGAUAAUGCAGUUCGUGAGACCGUGAACUCAAUUAUUGGCUCAGGUAACUUGAAAGAAAAGCUUUUCAUCGACUGUUCCAUGAUUCACCCCGACACUACUGCCGCUAUUGCACGACAAUUCCAAGACGUCGGAGCCGAGUUCGUUGCUAGUCCCGUUUUUGGAGUCCCUGCUAUGGCCGAUGUGGGACAAGUGAUCUGCGUGCUUGCUGGGCCAAGCAAGUCUGUCGAUAAAGUCAAGCCGUUCACAACUGGGGUCAUUGCAAAAAGCUUUAUAGACUUUAGCGAUCAUCCACAUGCCAAGGCUUCCCAGCUAAAAAUCUUUGUCAACAUUUUUGUACUUCGGAUGGUUGAGAGUAUUGCAGAAGGACACGUCGUUGCUGAGAAAUGUGGUUUGGGAACUCAAGCUUUGCAUCAGUCUUUUGAAGCUAUAUUCUGGGGCCUUAUGUCGCAUACUCUAGACGUAGGCUCUCAGCCUCUUUUCCCAGUUGAUUUGGCUCGCAAGGACGCCAGACACGCCAUGAACCUCGCUCAGACGUCACUUACUACAAUGAAGGGUGUUGAACUAGUUGAAGGGUAUUUGGAGGAGGUAAAUAAGCAUAUGGGCGAACGUGGAGAUGUGGCGAGCAUCUACGGUGCGGUGCGACAGGAUGCGGGACUGAAGUUUGAAAACAAGGAAUAA